AUAGGAUUUGAGUAUGAUUCUCUUGGUUUUCUCCACCACGUACCUAUCCAUUCUUUCAAUUUUUAUGGCCCCCGGAACCAAAACUAGGGAGACACAUUGCCAAGCUGCAAUAGUUAAUAGGACAGUGUGUGUGUGCAAUGUGCAUGUGUGACUGUGAGUGAGAGAGAGUUUGAAAAAAAAGUUUUAACUCUUUUUAUUUAUCCAUUUUACUAGCGUUAUAAAUUGAAGACUCCCCUUCAAUCUGCAUAGUACAAACGAGAAACAAACAUACAAACCCAAUUUUCAGAAAGAUGAAUAAUGCAUUGGCAUUAGGUACUUCAGAAAGCAGUAGCGGGUGUGAGUCUGGAUGGACUCUGUACCUGGACAAUGCUUCUUCUUCCUCUUCACGUUCACAUUCACAUAGAGAUUAUAGAGGUGGUGAUGGAGAUGAAUUUUAUGAUGGAGAGUACAAUCGCAAAGCCACAAACGAGGAGGAAGAUGAUGGUGAAAAGGACCUGUCCAUGGUUUCUGAUGCUUCUUCUGGGCCUCCACAUUUCUCACACCACAUUGAGCCUAAUAUUGCUCCAGAUCACACAGUAUCAAAACUGGCCAAGAGAAGUAAAAAGAGGCAGAAAGUUAAACAAACCCAACACCUUCUUCAAGAUCCUUCUUUUCUUGACGACACUGCUAGCUCUCCUCUCUUUGACAAUGACUUCUCCAUGAACAAUGUUACUGUGACCAACCAACAAACUUCCACAGAGAGUGUGCUAGAGCUAGAUUACUCACAAGGCUUCUCAGCAACUUAUUUUGAGGAGAGAUCUUCGUUGCAUCACCACUUUGGUUUUCUAAAACCAUCUCUGUCAGAAAAUCAAGUUCAUAACAACAACAGAUGGUAUGGGAUGAAAGAGAUGGGAAUGAUAUAAAGACCAGUUCUACUCUGCUAUUGAUUCAAUUUGUUGCCGUUCAAGUCAUAGAAGGUCAAUGGAAGGGCUGAGAAUCAUUGAAUGUGUAGGAGGAAUUUGAUCACAAAAGAGAUUCUGUUCCUUUGUUUUCUUUUUCUCUUCUCUUUUAGCUGUAAUUGAAUGCAAAACAACAAGAAAGGAAAAUUUAGAAAUAAACCUUUUUUUCCCUUUCAUUAUUUAAUUCUCUUGUCAAUGAACAGUGCACACUAGAUAGAUAAGUUAGGCAGGCUCUGUAUAAGCAUGCUCAAUCCUUGUUUUUGAUGAAGCCACAUGCUCAUUUGUAUCAGCAAAGCACCACUUGCAAGUUGCAACUUUUGACAAUCAAAUAAAUAAACUUAAUCAUCAA